UUUUUGCAGAUGUUCUCAAAUAGUGAUGAAGCUGUAAUCAAUAAAAAACUUCCCAAAGAACUACUAUUACGGAUAUUUUCUUUCCUCGAUGUCGUUACUUUGUGUCGCUGUGCACAGGUUUCUAGGGCCUGGAAUGUUCUUGCUCUGGAUGGCAGCAACUGGCAGCGAAUUGAUCUAUUUGAUUUCCAGAGGGAUAUUGAGGGCCGGGUAGUGGAGAAUAUUUCAAAACGAUGUGGAGGGUUUUUACGAAAGUUAAGUCUUCGUGGGUGUCUUGGAGUAGGAGACAAUGCAUUAAGGACCUUUGCACAAAACUGUAGGAACAUUGAAGUCCUAAAUCUAAAUGGGUGUACAAAGACGACAGAUGCUACAUGUACUAGCCUUAGCAAGUUCUGUUCCAAACUCAGGCACCUUGACUUGGCUUCCUGUACAUCGAUAACAAACAUGUCUCUCAAAGCUCUGAGCGAGGGGUGUCCACUGCUGGAGCAACUGAACAUUUCCUGGUGUGACCAAGUAACCAAGGAUGGCAUUCAAGCACUUGUGAGAGGCUGCGGGGGGCUGAAGGCCUUAUUCUUAAAAGGCUGCACACAGCUAGAAGACGAAGCUCUCAAGUACAUAGGUGCACAUUGUCCUGAGCUGGUGACUCUGAACUUGCAGACUUGCUUACAAAUCACAGAUGAAGGUCUCAUUACUAUAUGCAGAGGGUGCCAUAAGCUGCAGUCCCUCUGUGCCUCUGGCUGCUCCAACAUCACAGACGCCAUCCUGAAUGCGCUAGGUCAGAACUGCCCGCGGCUUAGAAUACUAGAAGUCGCAAGAUGUUCUCAACUAACAGAUGUCGGUUUUACUACUUUGGCCAGGAAUUGCCACGAGCUUGAAAAGAUGGACCUAGAAGAAUGUGUUCAGAUAACUGAUAGCACGUUAAUCCAACUUUCUAUACACUGUCCUCGACUUCAAGUGUUGAGUCUGUCCCACUGUGAGCUUAUCACAGACGAUGGCAUCCGCCACUUGGGGAAUGGGGCCUGUGCGCACGACCAGCUGGAGGUGAUCGAGCUGGACAACUGCCCACUCAUCACAGACGCAUCCCUGGAGCACCUGAAGAGCUGUCACAGCCUGGAACGGAUCGAGCUCUAUGACUGCCAGCAGAUCACACGCGCAGGCAUCAAGAGACUCAGGACCCACCUACCCAACAUCAAAGUCCACGCCUACUUCGCACCAGUCACUCCACCCCCGUCAGUCGGGGGCAGCAGACAGCGCUUCUGCAGGUGCUGCAUCAUCCUAUGACACUGGAGGGUCAGCUCGGUGAACUGGGUAUUUAAGGAACUUUAGCGUUACCUGGCGUCUCCAGCGGAAGUGACCCCCGUGUUCUGGGCAAGGUCACAGAGUGAGGCAGUGUCCAGGUCCCCUGAGCCACACGUACGUAUGCAUCCACGCCCUCACCCCAUCCAUGCUAGCUCUGGCCAUGGGACUGAAGUUCGUGCCAGCUUAUCGAGUGGAUUGGUAAAACUUAGCCAUUCCUGUCGUACACGUCCAGAAGAGCAUCGUAGGCCAACACAGAGGGAGGGGCACUCCAGCAGACCCAGGGUUACUGCUGUUGGUUUAUUUUGUUAAGGGAUUUCUCUGGGGAUUUUGGAACAGUAACUGCAGUCAUCCAGGGUCAAGGAAAGUAUGGAAAAACAAUACACGAUUUGUCCAGGGACUAGAAAGACAUUUCUUUGCAUCCUAGAAGUGGUAGCCAUCGUUAUGAAAUGACUACGUAGCUUCUGUGUUUCCUGUUUUCAUGCCAACAUGCUGAGCAUGCUCACAGAGAAGGCUUGUCCAUUCCUCUGGUGUUUUAGUAUUCGGCCCAGGGGUUUCUUAAGUACUACAUUGAAAUUGCUGUGGUGCGGAUGUGGAUACUCAGACUGUCACUGUCUGUAUCACAGCACACAUCUGUCUUCCAUUCUUCGUGGCUCCCUCUGCACUCUUGCUUGGUGUGUCCCCUGGUCACAAUCUGCUACUCUCACAGUUGUUACUCUUUGGCUGUUAUGUUUACAAUUUGCAUUUUGGAUGAUUAGUUGGGGAUAGCAAACAUUUUUAAAAGAGACAUUAUCAAUAAAUAUUUUUUUAAUUCGAAAUUUUACCAUUAGGGGACCCUGCUUGAAUCUUUGCCAAUCUGAAAAGAAAAAUAAUGAGAAGAAAUCAAGCUAAAAUUAUUUUGAUGAGAAACAAACCUUGCCUUUUCAUUUGUGUUAUAUAUGAUAAUUCGCAUGUGGUGCCCAGUAUUCGCCCUGCACACUUCCUUACUUAAGACUGAGGUAACUCACUAAGGAAAGAGAAACAGGAGAACUGUGUUGUUAGUACAGAAUGGAUGGCAAGGGCCGGGGAUUCAGCUCAGUGGUUCCGCUGCCUGCUUCCCAAGCACAAGGACCCGAGUUCGAUCCCCGGUACCAAAAAAAAAAAGAAUGGAUGGCAAACUGAGCCUGGAGGUCCCUAAUCCCCAAGCUCAUACAUCAAUAAUCUUGUUUCUGCAUUCCUGAGAUCUAGGCAUGAUCGCUGGCAUCUCUGCCCUGCUGGUUGCAGUGGCGGUGCUGCCAGGGGAGCUGUGCUCUCCAGCAACAGCCCAUCACGAAUACACGAAUGCCCUGUCACAUCCGGCCAAGUCCGUGUCAGUGUUAACAGCUUCAUAGCCAUCCUUGGUACUCAAAGGGCCCAGGCCACUUCAGUCAUCUCUUCUGCCCUGAAUUUCCUUUAAUGGAAUGUGAAAGUGGCCAUUUGAAGAGAUUAAGUAUCUGGAAUAGAAUCCUAAGAGGCAUUAAAAGGUUCCAUUUCUCUGACCCACUUGGCCUGGCAUCAUGGCUGAGGAAAAAGAUUCAGUACUGAUGAGUCAGAGUCUGAGAAGCUCUCCCCCUAACCAGGUAACAAUGGCACACACCUGUAAUCCCAGCUGCUCAGCGUGCUGAGGCAGGAAGAGCACAUGUUCAAGGUUAGGCUGGGAGACUUGGCAACACCCUCACACUAAGUAAAAUGAAAAAAGUGGGCUGGAGAGGUCACUCAGUGGUAGAACACCUGUUUAGCAUGUGUAAGGUCCUUACCUAAUGGUAAGGUCCUGUGUUGUCCUCAGUGCCAUCAAAAGGGAAGGAAAAAAGAGGAGCUCCUUACUUAAAGAUACAGAGGCCGGGUAUAGCAGCACAUGCUUAUGAUCUCAGCACUGUGGGAGCCAGAGGCAGGAGGAUCAUGAGUUUCAAGCCCAAUCUGGGCAAAUUAAC